AAAUUUAGUCAGAUAUCCCAGAAUUUACUACGUUUGAUGCAAUUUUUAAUUGUCAUUGCGCUGCGAAUAACAAGCAAAGACAAAUAACUGAUUACUAAUUGUAAACAUUGCAAAACGUGACUACUCGUAAAGAAAAGAAUAUUGUUUUUCAAAUAUUAAUUUUUAAAAUGGUUACACAAGAACAAAUAAAAUCAAUUGGUAAUGUUUUAAACAAUAAGGAGCGACCACUUAAAGAACGUUUUCGCGCAUUAUUUACUUUAAAAAACAUUGGCGGCACAGAUGCCAUCACUGAAAUCAGUCGAGCCUUUGUUGAUGAGUCUGCUUUGCUAAAACAUGAAUUGGCCUAUUGUUUAGGGCAAAUGCAGGAUAAAAACGCAAUACAAAUAUUAACAAAGGUGUUAGAGGAUAAAAGUCAAGAACCUAUGGUACGACAUGAGGCUGGGGAAGCACUUGGAGCAAUUGGUACACCUGAAGUAAUACAAAUUUUAGAACAAUAUAAAAAUGAUCCAGUGGUAGAAGUAGCAGAAACAUGCACAAUAGCGCUCGAUCGUGUGCGAUGGGUGCAAAGUGGGCAAAAAGUAUUAGAUAAUAAUCCGUACGCAUCUGUUGAUCCCUCGCCACCGGCUGAUAAUACGAAAACUGUUUCGGAACUUAAAACAAUAUAUCUGGAUCCAAACCACUCAUUAUUUGAACGUUAUCGAGCUAUGUUUAGUUUACGCAAUUUGCGUACUGAGGAAAGCGUGCUUGCCAUUGCUGAAGGCCUUAAGGAUGCAUCUGCUUUAUUCCGUCAUGAAGUGGCUUUUGUUCUAGGACAACUACAAGAACCUUCAAGUAUUCCUUUCUUAAAAGCAAAUCUAGAGGAUAAUUUGGAAAAUGAAAUGGUACGUCAUGAAUGUGCAGAAGCAUUGGGUGCCAUUGCCACAGAAGAGUGUUCGAGCAUAUUGCGUUGUUAUGCCGAUGACGAUCGCCGUGUGGUUAAAGAAAGCUGUGAAAUUGCAUUAGAUAUGUGCGACUAUGAAAAUAGUCCCGAGUUUCAAUAUGCUGAUGGUUUAACAAAGUUUCAAAAAUAAGAUAUGGUUUAUAACAAAAAAAUGUGCUGUAUUUGUAUAUAUAAACUUUGAUAUAAAAGUGUGUAUUUUGUUACUGAUAUUCACUAAUUUUAUAUUAAUAAAAUUUUAAUGUUUUUAUUACAAGUUUAUAUUUAUAUAUAUUUAAAAGGCCUAUGAACUAUGUGAUUAUAUUCAAACUUAUAUGUUUUUCAGAAUUAAUAAAUUUUAAAGUG